AUGCUGCACUGCCCCGCGCACAACAGCUCGCACGCAGCUGCACGCACAGUCACGCGCACGCAGCUGCACGCGCAGCCACGCGCAUGCAGCCGCGCACGCAUACGCGCAGCCGGGCGCACAGCCGCACACGCGCAGCUGCACGCACACCAGCAGCCGCACACGCACCAGCAGCCGCGCGCGCAGCACCUACCACGCCCGCAGCUGCAGUGGCACGCGACUGUGCCCUUACACGCACACUACGGCCGUGCAUGCACCUGCAGCAGCGGGCAUAGCGCAUCUGUACCACCACAUCCUUUUCGAUCCUCUCCCCUCCACACCCCAUCCUUCUCACCCCCACCAGCAUCUGUGCCGGAUUUGUAUUGCACUCUCACAAAGCCCGGGGCGAACAUGAUUUGGCAGCAGCAACUGCUCAUGGCCACAGUGGGCGUUGACCUCGCCUUCACGGAUGCUGCCACCCAGGCACUACACCACGUCUUCACUGGUGCUGCCAUCCAGGAGGGUGCUGAAGCUACUGGGGUGCUGUGGUGUGGCAUGAGGUGCUGUGCUGUGCGGGAGGCGGCUGUUACCCCACGCACGCCCUCGGUAGACCAGCAAGCAUCGCCCAAUUGCCCACACGCAUCCUCUGGGCUGGUGGAUGCACAAGACACCCGAGGGGUAGAUGGGCGUGGGCAGGAACCAAGUGAUCCGGGGAUGGACAGGGCAGUGGCGGCGUGGGAGGCGCAACGCCGGCACUUGCAGGAGCUGCAUAAUAGGCGGCGGCGCGAGCUUCCACUUGGUGCCACGGCAACAGAGUCGCCCGGCACUCUUGGAGCUUCAGUGGGUCCUAGCAGGGCUCCACUUGGACCGCGCUUGGCACGACGGCAGGAGCUGAGGCGUUUGUUGGUAGCUGGCACGGGCGGUCGGCAAGAGUGGGCGACGGCAGAGCAGGCGGAGUCGACAGCGGGGAGGCAGGAGGUGCAGGGGGCCCUGCUGGCGGAUGAGGGCCGGGAGUGCGGGGCAGGUGGGCAGCAGGGGGUGACGGAUGCAGGCCUGCCGGAAAAGGUGCUGAGGAGGCAGCCGAGCCGUCUGGCGGAGGGCCAGCUGGGCCUGCCGACAAAGGUCCAGGGGGAGUUACUCGAGGAGGAGCAUUGGGAGCGUGGGGAACAGGGACGGAAACCAGGGAGGGAGCAACCGGAAACGCUGUCGGCGAUGCAGCAGGGUCUGCCGGUGGCUGCAGGGGAGACUAGAGACAUCAAUCCCUUCCCGAAGGCACGAACGGGGGCGUCUCUAAAGGGAUGGGCUGGAGCUAUAGGGGAAACGGAUCAGACAGGGCAGCAGCUGCGUGAGCUGGGCGCUCAGGCGCAGGGGCCCGUGGACGACCAACUGCCACGAGGCAAGGGCAGGAGGCGACGCGGAGGCCAGGGCAAGCAGCGGUCGGGCAAUCAGCAGGAUCAGCAGGCAGAGGGCGAGUUGGGGCGGCCGCUUACGAGCCAACGUCCGGGAGGCCAGCUGGUGCGACGGCGGCCACUGUCAGGGGAACAGGGAGUGACUGCAGCACCUGAGGGCGUGCAGCAGGCAGGGGGACAGCAGGGAGUGACUGCAGCACCCCAGGGCGUGCAGCAGGCAGGGGGACGACAGGGAGUGACUGCAGCACCUGAGGGCGUGCAGCAGGCAGGGGGACAGCAGGGAGUGAUUGCAGCACCUCAAGGCGUGCAGCAGGCAGCGGGACAGCAGGGAGUGACUGCAGCACCCCAGGGCAUGCAGCAAACAGCGGGACAGCAGGGAGUGACUGCAGCACCUGAGGGCGUGCAGCAGGCAGGGGGACAGCAGGGACUGAUUGCAGCACCUCAAGGCGUGCAGCAGGCAGCGGGACAGCAGGGAGUGACUGCAGCACCCCAGGGCGUGCAGCAGGCAGCGGGACAGCAGGGGGUGACUGCAGCACCUCAGGGCGUGCAGCACGCAGGGGGGCAGCUGGGGGCGAGGGCAGCACUUCAGGGCGUGCGGCAGCGGCAGCAGCAGCGGCAGAAGCGUCAGCAGCAGCAGCAGCAGCAGCCCCCCCCGAUCCCUCCGGAAAGCCCCACACCGGGGGUUGCGGAGAAUUCAGCCACUCCUGACACGGCUCCACUUGCUCCAACUUGUGUCCCUUGCGAGUUCUGCUUUCACACAUUUCCGCCUGGUGGUGCGGCCUCCCGCCACAUAGUUGCAUGUAAAGCGGCAGAUGCUCAGCGGCGGGCUCAGGCCCUUACUUCCUCCCCGAACCUGAGCGAGGUCUUCGGGGCAGAUCCAGUACCUCCGCGGGAUAUCGGCGAGGAGGUGUGGGGGGCGGUGCCUUCGUGGGACUGGGAGACUUUUUUCAGUAUUCAUUCUGUGUCGGGAGAGCUUCUUCGUCGGGUCCCGCAACGGGCAAGACUGGGGGUGCUUGAUGCAUUGUGCUGCAUUCUCAAGAGACUGAAGGCUUCCCCUGGGGAUGAGGCGGCGACGCUGAUGUUCCUGGCCUUCCCGCGCCUCAUUUUGGGAGUCCCCGCGAAGGAGGGUCUUGGACGAAGGGCAGCCAUAGUAGGGCGUCUCGGAAAGUUCUGGGCAGGGGAAUGGCAACAGCUGUUCGAGGCUGCCUCUGCCGCGUUGACUCCGGCGGCGCGACCUCUUGCCUUCUCCUUACCUGAGCGAGAUGCUGAUGCCAUCCGUUUGGCCCGAUGUCGCACGAGGUGCCAAGUGGGGGAAUGGAGUCGAGGACUAGCAUGCCUUACUGCGGGCGACUUGGCGCAGCCCUCUCAACUAACAGUAGACCGGCUGACAGCAAAGCACCCGGCCAGUGAGGUGCCAGUUCCUGAGUGGGUGGAGCACUUUCGCAUAGACGCAGUGGAUUUCGGGAUGCGUUUCUGA